AUGGCAGCCAGUCUCCCAUUUGAACUUCUAUGUGAGAUCGCAGGCUAUCUCCAACGGGCAGGCACUUCUCUGGUUGCAUGUACAACUGUCUGUCGUCGCUGGCAGGCAGCGUUUGAGUCAUUCACUUACUCCAAAUUGAACCUGUACAGGGAGGAUGGUUACAGUGGACGCCGUGUUUGCCUGAACCAAUUCCGAGAAUUUACUUCUGGGCCACGAAUUGCAAGACGAGCAUGGAUUCGUCAGUUGUGGUACGAUAUCGUUCUUCCCUUUGAACUCCCAGACUGGACGACUCGUCAAGAGGAAGGCUAUACCACCGAUAACCCUGUUCGACAGGCGAAUGAUACCGCCUUUCAAUCACAAGUCAUCGAUCUGUUCAACACACUAGGGUCAUGGGACAAGAGUCAUCGUUUGUCCGUCAUUCUUCGGCUUCGAGGGCGUGAGCUAGGCCAGGAACCGUGUACCGAAGAGGAUUACGAAGCUGGACGAUAUAACUCGAACACCGUAGACUUUGGCACACAGCCUGUUCCCGUGUACCGCGCGCGAUUCGAUGAUGACGGGGCGUCAAUGCUACGAGAUGUUUCAUGUAUUGAUCAAAUAUCGUUUCCUAACCUGAUCUGGGCUGGGGCCGCCAUGCAGAUUGUUCGACACUGUCCGGAACUCACAGAACUAUAUCUCCACCUGGAUGAGUAUAUCAGACCAGAUCACCAGGAAUACUUGAAAAAGCGGCGCCAAGCCGUGGCUGAAGGUCUGAAAGAUGUCUCCCCCACAUUACGGGUUUUUCACUUCGAGAAUGCAGACGAGAGGAAUUGGAAGGAUGCCAUGCCCCCCUUGAAUGUUCUAUCCUCAAGCGUUGAUACCCUAUCCAUCAGAAUCCGCGAACUGAGCCUUUCCCUUCAUGAGCUGACACUGCUUCAAGUCCCUAUAUCUCUCGAUUUUCUGUGGCCUCUGGACGCGAAAGAUCAUCCAUUACCAGCCAACGCACCUUUACACUGGCCCAACCUGGAGACUUUGAAUUUGUAUCAAUUUCAGCCCUGGCUUCCUUCAGGGGAAUGGAUCGUUCGCCCUGAUGCAGGAGAGGAAGCCAUGAUUGCUGGGAUUGAGGUCUGGGAGGCAGAAAUCCGCAGCUAUGAAAAGAGAUGCGUACAGCGACCCAUCUUCGAGCAAGAGCAGUUUCAUCGACUGUUCAUCUCGCUGGGUUACGCCGCAAGGCGUAUGCCUCGCUUGAAGGCCCUCAACUUUGAUCUCAAUCACUAUUUCUAUCUCAUUUUCACGUUCUCAAGCCGAGCGGGCUUGACCAGCGUCGAGUGGGAGCUAGAACGUCAUGGUUCAUAUAUGCCUGAUGAUCGGGUUGCUGCUGCUUGGGGCUUUCAGCUUGAUCAUGAGCAGCUCCAUGGUCGGGAUUAUCACGCAACUUUACCACUUUGGCCGCCGCUCGAGGGGAAGUCUAUGUGA